GGCUCUGUCCACUACUCUUAACAUGGAGGAUGGAGUUCCAGAGGGGAGAGGGAGUGGCUUUCCUGCAAGAACUCCCCACAUGGUAUGUUUUGGGACUAAAAUCUGAUUCCUCCAAUAUGGAUGUGGCUCAAAUUCCAAUUCAUUAUUAAUCUGAGCCAUGAAUCGUCAACUCAGAUUUGAAAUCAAAGGCAACACUGACACAUCCGCACAUGUGAGUUUGAAUUUCGUCCAGAAUCCGAACACUGAAGAACCUGACCUGCCCAUUUCCUAUUACCUCAAGAUUCUCAAAAGUUAAAACUACUAGAGAACCAACAGCCCCUCAAAGUCGAGAAAUUUCGGGUAAUGAACAAACAGAAACUAUAUAAUAAUCAAAAGAAAAGGACCUAUCUUCGAAAAACAUGGGAAUGCCCUUCUUGAAUCUUGCUUUAUGGGAAGAAUCCUUCAGAAUUGGGAUUUGGGUUGCUUGGUUUCUUGUCUUGCGGAGCCUUGUCUGCAACUUUCAUGGGAUUGUUCAUCAGGGAUUUGGCUUUUGAAUUACGGUGAUCUCACUUUGGAGAUGCACUUGCAGAUUCCAUUUGCUGUCUACCCUUUGGAUUUUUCUUGGUGGCUUUUUGGUUGAGAAUAGAAUCAUAGCGCCACUACGAGAGUUCUUUUUGGCCUUCUUUUUCUCUGUCAAGCUUUCUAUGGCUUCAUGGGAAUUGUUGGUGGGGUUCUCUUUAUAACUUUCAUGAUGAUUCCCAAGGUAGUACAUUCGAUGGACUGAGUAAAAAAGCCAGUGGGGGUUUUGAAGUCGAUUUUGGUUUGUUCUGCAGCUUUUGGAUUUGUAAGCACAGAUUUGGGUAUUAAACUAUGCAGGGUUUAAAUUCUGCUGCUUCUUGAUGUAUAUGGGUUGGUUUGAUUGAAAGAAGCUGCCAGAGAAACAGGAGAAGAGUUACGAAAUUGAGAGAUGUCAUCAAAAUCGACAAACAACGCUAAUAGUGCAAGGAGUAGUUCUGCUCGAUCAAGACAAAGUGCUCGUGUGGUUGCUCAGACACCAAUUGAUGCAAAAUUACAUGUUAACUUCGAAAAUUCUGAAUGUCAGUUUGAUUACUCUACAUCAAUUGACUUCAACAUCUCGACUUCAACCAGCGAUGUUCCUUCACAAACUGUAUCAGCUUACCUCCAAAAGAUGCAGAGAGGAGGACUCAUUCAACCUUUCGGCUGCAUGAUUGCUGUUGAUGAGCAAAAUUUGAAGGUUCUUGCCUAUAGUGAAAAUGCUCCAGAAAUGUUGGACUUGACACCACAUGCUGUUCCAAGUAUUGAGCAACAGGAAGCUCUGACUUUUGGAACGGAUUUACGAACUCUUUUCCGGUCCCCAGGUGUAGCUGCCUUGCAAAAAGCAGCUAAUUUUGGAGAAGUUAACCUUCUUAAUCCCAUAUUGAUACAUUGUAAGACUAAUGACAAACCCUUUUAUGCGAUCUUGCAUAGAAUUGAUGUAGGAUUGGUUAUAGAUUUGGAACCAGUUAAUCCAGCUGAUGUGCCGGUUACAGCUGCUGGGGCAUUGCAAUCAUACAAACUUGCUGCCAAAGCCAUCUCAAGGUUGCAAUCAUUGCCCAGUGGGAAUAUACCUCUACUAUGUGAUGUUUUAGUUCAAGAAGUUAGAGAUUUGACUGGUUAUGAUCGAGUGAUGGUUUAUAAAUUUCAUGAAGAUGAGCAUGGGGAAGUUGUUGCAGAGUGCUAUAAACCUGGUUUGGAACCUUAUCUUGGGUUGCAUUACCCAGCUACUGACAUACCACAAGCUUCAAGAUUUUUCUUCAUGAAAAACAAGGUGCGGAUGAUAUGUGAUUGUUUGGCUUCUCCGGUAAAAAUAAUUCAAGACAAGAGCUUGGCACAGCCAUUAAGUCUUUGUGGAUCCACAUUGAGAUCUCCUCAUGGUUGUCAUGCACAGUAUAUGGCAAAUAUGGGCUCAAUUGCAUCUCUUGUGAUGUCUGUGACAAUUAAUGAGGAUGACGAUGAGAUAGAAAAUGAUCAGCGUAAGGAAAGAAAAUUGUGGGGUUUAGUGGUUUGCCACCACACUAGCCCCAGGUUUGUUCCAUUUCCUGUGAGGUAUGCUUGUGAGUUUUUUAUCCAAGUUUUCGGUGUUCAGAUCAACAAGGAAGUAGAGUUGGCAGCUCAAACAAAGGAAAAACAUAUUCUGCAAACCCAAACUUUGCUUUGUGACAUGCUCCUUAGGGAUGCUCCUGUGGCAAUUAUUACUCAAUCACCUAAUGUGAUGGAUCUUGUCAAGUGUGAUGGAGCUGCUCUUUACUAUGGGAAGAAAUUUUGGUUGGUUGGAGUUACCCCUACAGAGGCACAGAUUAGAGAUAUAGCUGACUGGCUUCUUGAGUACGACAGUGAAAGCACUGGCUUAAUUACCGACAGCCUUAUGGAAGCUGGCUACCCUGGUGCAUCAGUUCUCAGUAAUGCAAUCCAUGGGAUGGCUGCUGUUAGGAUUACUUCAAAAGAUUUCCUUUUCUGGUUCAGGACUGACACUGCUAAAGAGAUCAAAUGGGGUGGUGCAAAACACAAUCCUGUUGACAAGGAUGAUAGAAGAAAGAUGCAUCCCAGAUCGUCAUUCAAGGCUUUUCUGGAGGUAGUUAAAUGGCGGAGCUUACCUUGGGAAGAUGUUGAAAUUGAUGCCAUUCAUUCUUUACAGCUGAUAUUGAGAGAAUCCUUGCAGAAUAAGACUGCAGAGGUUUCCAAAGUGAUUGUGAAUGUUACAUCAGUUGAUGACAGAAUUCAGGGGGUGGAUGAAUUGCGCAUCUUCACAAAUGAAAUGGUUCGUGUUAUUGAGACAGCUGCUAUACCUAUCUUGGCAGUAGAUGUCUUGGGUAAUAUAAAUGGCUGGAAUUCUAAAACAGUUGAACUAACUGGUCUUCCUGCUGACCAAGCCAUUGGCAUGCCCUUAGUUGAACUUGUUGAGGAUGACUCCAUCAAUGUAAUCACAAACACAUUAUCUUCCGCUUUGCAAGGUGUAGAAGAGAGAAGUAUUGAAAUAAAACUCAAGACUUUUGGUCCUCAGGAAAACAGUGGUCCCGUAUUUUUGGUAGUUAAUGCAUGUUGCAGCCGAGAUGUAAGGGAAAAUGUGGUAGGAGUUUGCUUUGUUGGGCAAGACCUAACCGCGCAAAAGUUGGUUAUUGAGAAAUAUACCCAUAUGCAAGGUGAUUAUGCUGGAAUUGUGCGCAACCCAUCUACCCUUAUUCCUCCGAUUUUUAUGACAAACGAGAAUGGUCAAUGCAUAGAAUGGAAUUAUGCUAUGCAGAAAUUUUCUGGUGUGAAGAGGGAGGAAGCUGUUGACAAAAUGCUUCUCGGGGAAGUUUUCACAGUCAACAGUUUCGGUUGUCGUGUUAAAGACAAUGAUACCUUGACUAAACUAAGGAUAUUACUGAACGGAGUAAUUGCAGGCCAGGAUGCAGAGAAACUGUUAUUUGGAUUCUUUGAUCAACAGGGCAAAUACGUAGAAGCUUUACUAUCUGCAAACAAGAGAACCGAUGCAGAGGGAAGGAUCACUGGGGUUCUGUGCUUCUUGCACGUGGCUAGCCCAGAACUUCAAUAUGCUUUGCAGGUCCAGAGAAUAUCAGAACAGGCUGCAGCAAAAAGCCUUAAUAAAUUGAAAUAUGUUCACCAAGAAGUCAGGAAAACUUCAAACGGGAUUAUGCUAAUGCAGAAUUUAAUGGGUAAUUCAGACUUGAGCAAAGAACAGAGAAAGCUUCUGAAGACGAGCAUCUUGUGCCGAGAACAGUUAAACAAUAUUAUCAAUGACACUGAUAUUGAGAGCAUUGAGGAAGGUUAUAUGGAAUUAAAGUCUGUUGAGUUCAACCUUGGAGAAACUCUGGAAGUUGUCAUAAAACAAGCUAUGACACUAAGCCAGGAGCGGCAGGUGGAGAUUAUUCGCGAUUUACCAUCAACGCUGUCGUCCAUGCACUUAUAUGGAGAUAACUUGAGACUUCAGCAAGUGCUUUCAGAUUUUCUGACAAAUGCACUCCUCUUUACCCCUGCAUUUGAGGGUUCAUCAAUCGCGUUCAGAGUAAUUCCAAGAAAGGAACGUAUAGGGACCAAGAUGCACAUCGUUCAUCUAGAAUUCCGUAUCUCCCAUCCAACACCAGGAAUUCCAGAAGAUUUAAUACAAGAGAUGUUUCACCACAGCCAUGGUGCUUCAAGAGAAGGCCUUGGUCUAUACAUCAGCCAGAAGCUUGUGAAGAUUAUGAAUGGAACUGUACAGUAUCUUAAAGAAGCAGAAAGGUCAUCUUUCAUUAUUCUCAUAGAGUUUCCAUUGGUUAACCAAACUGAGAUUAGUUAAAACAGAAUGUUUUCAUAAGUAGAGGAGACAAGCAAUUUCUAGUCUGCUGAUGCCAUUCAGACAAAUGGCCAUGUCAGUCUAAGUAGCUCGGCCAUUGGAUUACUUCAGGGCUGCAUGCUACUGGAAAUUAUGGCUUGCUGCUGCUUGCAGAGGCUUAGUUGUGUGCUGUAGAGAUUGUAAAGCCAGUGAAAGUUGUAGGAAGAAAUGACUGAACAUAGUAAAGUUUGUUAGAAUGUCUUCAUAAAUCA